CUGAACACGAGUGAGCUCGGCUAAUUUCGGAGAUUGUGUAACGAGCUGUAAACUGAUUUAGCCGACUACUGAUAAAUGAUUGAAUGCCCUCUCGAAAGAUUUACAGCUAUGCAGCUCAUCGGUCUUUAAAGUUUCACAUUCAGAUUUGCCCACUAGGCUAGGCUACAGUAAAGUUUUGUUUCGGCUAUCGGGUCGUGUUGACAGCAACACGCAAAAGGGUUCACAUUGGCUGCACACAGCAUACAUCAUACAUCGACUUUCGCUGCGAAUGACACACGCAAUGGUUUGCGGCAGCCUGGAACAGUUCACUGACAGUCGGAAAUCAAGGGAUCUACGCCGGUUUACCUAGCAGCCGAACUCAGUCUUACUCUACUCCAGCCAGGGCAGGGACCGGGAUCGCCAUGGUGAAGAAGCUGCUGGUGGAUGUGGACUGUGGGGUGGACGACGCCCAGGCCAUCAUGAUGGCGCUGGCCGCCCCCGACGUGCAGGUGCUGGGCAUCACCUGUGUCAGCGGAAACACCACCGUGGACAACGUCUGCAGGAACUCGCUGCGCGUGCUCAAAGCCUGCGGGCGACUGGAGAUUCCAGUGUUCCGGGGAGCCUCCAAACCAAUUUUGGGGAACGCCCUGAGCGCGGGACACUUCCACGGGCAGGACGGGCUAGGAGACGCCCCAGACUCCCACGCUCCCAGCUCAGAGAUGAUUCAGAAGGAGGGGGCGGUGGCGGCCAUGAUCCGGAUCGCCAGGGAGCACGCCGGGGAGGUUUCCCUGGUGGCCACUGGCCCUCUGACAAAUCUGGCCCUGGCGGUGAGGCUAGACCCCACAUUCCCAGAGCUACUCAAGAGCCUGUACAUCAUGGGGGGCAACACUGACUCUCGAGGAAACACCACAGUCUGUGCCGAGUUCAACUUCGCGGCUGACCCGGAAGCCGCGUACGUUGUGCUUAAUGAGUUCCUGUGUCCCACCUACAUUGCGACCUGGGAGUUCACCUGUCGCAGCAAACUGCCCUGGGAAUUCUGUCACGGGUGGCUGGCCCAGGACACGGAGAAGGCGCGCUUCAUGAAGCAGAUCUUCCGCCACAGCAUGGAGGCGUCCUGCGGCGGCCAUUUCGAUAAGGAGAUGGUGGCCGGCCAGGGCUUCGUGUCCUGCGACUCCUACGCCAUGGCGGCCGCCAUCGACGACGCGUUCGUGACGGCGUGCAAGCGGGUGGCGGUGACCGUGGAGCUCACGGGCACUCACACGCGCGGAAUGAUGGUGCUGGACAAUCUGGAACUGCUCAAGAAGAAACACAAGGCCUUUGUCUUGGAGGAGGCCGACCUGGAGAGGUUCAAGGCCUUAAUGAUGGCCGCUUUGAAAUAAGGCCGUGUGGAAGGGAGCCAGGAUAGCGACACCUCGAUUGAACAAGGCCGGUUGAAUUACAGUUGAUCUGGACUGUCGCUUGUUAGCCAAGAUGCGUGUUGCAUUAGAUCAUUGGUGAGGUACCCUUGUAUGUUUUCCAUAAAUUUUCCAUUUCAUCCUUGAUUUUAAUUAGAUGUGUGUCUAAACCAGUUCAAUGCGCACAACCAAAUAGCUAACGUAUGUUUAGCAUUGUUAGGCCGAAUGGCCUAUUCUCAUCAUUGUUAUUUUUUCUAAUGUGUACGGUACCAAUCACUGAUUCAACUCUUUACAGCAGCUUAAUAACCAUGGACUUUAACAUUCCAAGAAUGACAGAAGUUUCAGAAUAUUGAAGAACUGAGCCAACACUAAAAUGUUUUUGAUUUCUGUAAGACGCAUAUCAUGAUACAUGAUUUUCUCCAGACCACGGCUUUGGUUUGUCAGAGCAGUAAUAUAACAUGGAGAGCAACAAAUAUAUGAAGAUUGUUUUUUAGGCCAAGGACAUGUGUGUCUUCAACAACACAGUGUCAGUGAAUUGCUAAAUGUAGGCUUUUUCAUUGAAUGCAUUUCUAAAAUUGUGAAAAUGUUUUACACCGAAUAAAGAUUAAUCUUAGUCUGAA